CCAUCAAGGAUCUUGAAAUAUUUUCCUAUGAGCAGCAAUGGCGAAUAAUCACGACUAUGACUGCAGACCUGUAAGUUAUUGUACCUAAAAUUCCUCUUGUACACCGUAUUAAAUCAAUGAGGAUGUUCUUCCAAUAUACAAAAUGUUUAAUCGAUCCCCUUCUCCCUCUCAGGGUGGAGGAGUUAAAUAUCGAGAUGAGAAUGUGGACGGGCUUGUGUACCCGGAAUGCACGGUUGACGAGGAUCUGGAUCCUAUGACCCUCUUGAAGCGAGAAAUCAUUCGGAAGCUGAAGGAGGAAAAGUUUUAUGAGGACCUCAACAAACGACUCGACAAGUCUGAGUACCGCGUCAGGAAGGAUCAACUUUUUACAAGGAUGCAGAUUGAGAAGAAUGAGAAGGAGUAUCAAGACUGUCUUUGCAAGGUUGAGCGUGACAAACAAAGGAGACGGGAGCAAAUCUGUCAAGAAGAGAGUUUUGCCAAAGCCCUCCGGGAGUUGAAGGAUGAGGAAGUUCGUGAAUCUGCAUUCUCCAAACAAUUGUACGCUUGUGCUCCCGAAAUCCGAGAGUUGGAACGCCAACUUCGUCGCGGGUACUGCGCCAAGACGCUGUUUGCUCAGCGAGUGGAAAAUGAGGCGUUGAAAUUGGAGGAUAAGAGGAAAGACCAAGAAACGUAUCAACAACUGUUGGAAAAAAUGGCGACAGAAGAUGCCAUCGCGGAGGAGAAACGACAACGGGAUUGGAUCAAGAAAAAGGAGUACUUCCAAGCUCUCACGAAUCAGUUGGAGGACGCCACGUCGAAAAAGGCGCAGAAACAGGAGGAGUACGACAGAGAUAAGUCCAUGGUUGAUGAGAUCAUUGCAACGAUUGAGCAGGAAGAAAUUCAAGAUCUUGUCGAGAAGACGGAGAAAGUGAAGCUGUAUCAAAAGGAGAUUGGGCAAUUCCUCCAGGCCAGAGAUCUUCACAGAGAAAGGGAACGCCACAGAAUAAAGGAAGAACAAGACCAAAUUCAGAGUUACGUCAAAAAUAAGGAGAUUCAAGUUGCGGAAUACAAGAAAGCCAAAGCAGAGCAGGAGAAGGCACGAAAUUCCAUGGUGGCUAAAGCCAUUGAACGCAUUAUGAAAGAUCAGUACCGCUUGGAAGAGAUGGAAGAACUGCGACGAGAGUUGUACGAGGAAGAACUGGCAGCAGACGUUCGGCGACGAGAGGUGGAAGAACUUUCACGAAAAAUGAAACAAAUGGUCGAACUCAGAAACGCAGCAGCAGAAGCGAGGAAACUUCGAGAAGAGAAAAUUCUUGCCGAGAAAAAAGAGGAAGAAGAGUACCGACAGCAAUUGAUGGGAAAGUUCUCUGAGGAUGAACGCCUGGAGCAGAUGGUCACCCAAAAACGUCGCCAGCGUGAAAGAGAGCAUCGCAAAGUGGUCGAACAAAUGAUAAUUGAUCGCCGAUGUCUUCGAGCCCAGGAGAGAGAAAGAGAUCAGAAAAUGUUGGACUGCUUCGACGAAGAGACGAAAAGACGACAACUCAUAAUUGAGGACGAACGACUCAAGUUGCUCAAGAAACAUGGGCCCAAACUGUUGGGAUUUUUACCUCGUGGCGUCAUCCAGAGUUGGGGGGAGUUGGAAAAAUUGGGCGAACCCUUCAUCAGCUAUUACAAAAACCAGCCUUUGGCUCCCGACCCCACCACCAUCGACACGGAACCUUGUGAAGAGGAAAUCUUUAAAACGAUGGAGCUGCCGAAAUAUGCCAAAUAUUGAUGAUAUAACAGUUUGCAAAUAUAAUAUCGCAAUAUUUAUUAUCCAUGUCAAAAUAAUUUGAUAACUUGCGUAGGACAUGUUAGCUUUCUAACUAAUAUUAAAGUAUUUACAUGAUCAA